AUGGCAACGAAAUUACAUUGUAUCGGUGAAAUCAAAGAAUUGACAAAGCAGAUGAUGGACGCUCUAUUGUAUUGCAUCGACGUCAAUGUGUCGGAAGAGGAUCAUGACAACACCACCAUGUCACCGAUACUCAUACCUCUUACAUCAAACUCUAUCAAAGAAAAAUAUGUUGUCCUCUUGCAGAAAAUAGUAAAGAGUAUCAAUGAUCUGACCACCGCGCUUGACAAUCUAGCCAAAUCUGGUAUGAUCCUUACCAUCAGAACUGUAGCUGAUCUUAUUACUCAAUUGUUGCAAGAAAGUAAUAAUAUAGCAUCAAGUAUCCCUGAAGGAAAAGCAAAGUUUAACUUUUUAGAGGCAGUUAGUAAAUGCAAGUCAUCAUCACUUCAGUUAAAGAUCAAUAUUUCAGUACGUGCUUCAUCAUCUGAAGACGAUGAUACUAAAGAGUUGGAUGGCAAGAUAUUGGAACUCUACAGAAUCGUCGCACAGUCGUUUGAGAUUAUUACACAUUCUGACCGUAUCUUUACCGAUAUGGAUUUCUGUGGAGCCAGUCAAAGUAAAGCGUCGUCUGCCCCUGUACCUUCUGCCAGUGGUGGUGGUGCUGCUGGUGGCAAUUGGAACACAAUCAAUUGGAAUAAUUAA